AAUUGGCAUUCGUUAAUCCAGGUCCGCGAUACUUGCAAGAAGUAUUACCACUGCUCAUUACCAAUUAAAAUGGCUUACUUUGGAAAGGAAUUCAAAGUUGUGAGUGAGGAGAAUUUCGUUGACUUUGUUAAGGCUUUGGAGCUCCCCGAGGAACUGACCGCUAAAUUCUCCUCUUACAAGCCCACCACGAAGAUUGAAAAGGAUGGAGACUCCUACAAAUUCACCAACACCACCCCGGAGGGCACAAAAGUGACUACCUUCAAGUCUGGAGUGGAGUUCGAAGAUGAGGUCAGACCUGGAGUUAAGGUCAACUGCAAAUGCACCGUGGACGGUGACACUGUCAUCCAGGAAAUCACACAAGGCACCAAAACCGCUAAAUUCAAGAGGGAAUACACAGCAGAUGAACUCACCACGACAAUCACAGCCAACUUCUGGGAUGGUACAGCAGUUAGACACUACAAAGCUUAAACUUAUUUAGUUACUAAGUAGGUUUUUGUUAAAUUAAGUCUUCAUUAUAUUUAAAAAAUUAAAAUUAUAUUUAUUGUUGCAAAAA